AUGGUUGGAAAGACAGCAGCCGUGGCUCUUUUGAGCUCUCCUCUCCUUGUCUCCGCCUUUCCCAGCAUCGCCAAGCUUGUCGAAGAGCAGCAAGCAGGCAAGAGACGUACGACCACACCGGCGAGUAGAUACGAACAGCGUACUGAUUGUUCACAGAGGUACCUGCUGUCGGUGCUCCAACUGGAGCGAUUCCGUUUCCAGAAUACCCAGGCAAGCCGUCUCACGCGUUGUACAACAGCUUCGACGCCGCAUCUCAGCUGGUAUCCACGUCUGGCGACAAUGCUUGGAUCGCACCCGGCCCAGGCGAUGUUCGCGGUCCAUGCGCUGGACUGAACGCCGCGGCCAACCAGUAAGUCUCCACCCAAAGACACCAAGCCCAGGGCAGUUUCGCUGAUCGCGUUGCAGUGGCUACCUGCCCAGAGACGGCAUCGCCGACUCCGAGUCGAUCAACACGGGCCUCUGGCAAGCCUAUGGCCUCGAUCACACCGCCACCGUCUUCCUGCAGACGGCAACCAUGUUCUUCGACGGUGAUCCAGUGUCCGGUCGAUGGAGUAUCGGAUACCACUCCGAUAAGACACAGUCUCUGGGAGCUCUUGGGGACUUCCUCGGCAACGAGACGGGUAUCUGUGCCUACGGACACUUGAAGACUGAAGGAGACGCCUCCAUCACCCGUGGCGACUGGCUCGCUCCAGAGAUGAACUCCAACUGCGCUUCCUACCCGCAAUUCGCACAGGAGCUGCUCGACCUUGCUACGGCCCGCACUGGCGGUAACCUGACCCCCCAAGUGCUUGCAGAGCACCAGUACAACCGCAAGCAACACUCCAUCGCCACCAACCCGAACUAUUUCAGCCCGGCAUACGCAGGUGUCGCUUUCACCUUUGGCGCACACAUGUUCGCGUACGAGUUGUUGGCCAAUCACUCGGCGGAGUACCCUCGUGGCGUCCUGACUCCCGAAGUGUUCGAGUCCUUCUUCUCCUACACCCGCGAUGACAACGGCACUCUCGUGUUCACGUACGGACACGAAAGGUAAGAAGCAUGGGAUGUUCUUGCUUGUGAUAAGACCAGAAGGCUGACAAGACAUCUAGGAUCCCCGACAACUGGUACCGCCGCGCCAACGACGAUGCCUGGGACCUCUCGGACAUCGCCAUCUCAACGGCUCAACAAUGCGCCUCCUACCCCUCCAACUGCGCGGUGGGCGGUAACACAGGCGAAGUCAACUCCUUCGACGGCGUCGACCCAAGCGAUAUCACAGGCGGUCUCAUCGACAGCUUCGACGACCUCAGCGACCCGGAUCGUAUGGGUUGCUUCAUCGCUCAGGCUGUCUACGCCGACACACCAAGCUUCCUCGACAACGUCUUCAGCGGCGCAGCCCUGACCGAGGCAUUGGCGAUGAUCCCGACCACUUUGACGCCGGCGCUGGCACCAUUGAUGGCAUCUUGCCCUGACUUGCCUGCGGGUAAAAGUGUCACGGAGUACGGAAAGAACUAUCCUGGUGCGCAGUUCAUGGACAGCGGUCCCAGGAAUCCUUACUAG